ACCUCUCUGUCUGACACUCUCUACACAUGCGAUUUUUUAGUCCUAUUUCAAAACCCUAAACACCUCUCUCAAUCUCUCUCUCUUUGAGCCAUGGCGGGUGGGAAGAUCCAAAAGCCGAGAAAAUCCCACCCUCCAUCAUCAGCAGGAUCUGCGGCUGGGAAUCACUACCAAGGUGGGGUCCCUUUCCACAAAUCCAAGGGCCAACACAUCUUGAAGAAUCCGAUGCUCGUUGAUACCAUCGUCCAGAAAUCCGGCAUCAAGACCACCGACGUCGUGCUCGAGAUCGGGCCUGGUACUGGAAAUCUCACCAAGAAGCUUCUAGAAGCUGCCAAGACUGUCAUCGCCAUCGAAUUGGAUCCUCGCAUGGUUCUUGAACUUCAGCGUCGAUUCCAAGGAACCCCUUUCUCCAACAAACUCAAGGUUAUCCAAGGAGAUGUGCUCAAAUGCGACCUUCCCUAUUUUGAUAUCUGCGUGGCCAACAUUCCUUACCAAAUCUCUUCUCCUCUAACCUUCAAGUUGCUGUCGCACCGUCCAGUCUUCAGGUGUGCGGUCAUCAUGUUCCAAAGAGAAUUUGCCAUGAGACUCGUCGCGAAGCCCGGCGACAACCUCUAUUGUCGCUUAUCAGUGAACACCCAACUCCUAGCCCGUGUUUUCCAUCUCCUCAAAGUGGGAAGAAACAAUUUCCGGCCCCCACCAAAGGUAGACUCCUCUGUUGUCCGAAUCGAGCCGAGGAGGCCACUCCCUCCCGUGAGCUUCAAGGAAUGGGACGGGUUGAUCCGUCUCUGCUUCAAUCGAAAGAACAAAACUCUAGGCUCCAUCUUCAGGCAGAAAACUGUCCUUUCCUUACUUGAAAAGAACUACAAGACUCUGCAAGCUCUACAGCUCUCACAAAAGGGGUCAUCAGAGGAUUCGGAGAUGACUGAAGAAGUGGCUGUUUUGGGGGAUACCAGUGGGGACCCGAGUAUGGAGAUCGAUGGUGGGAGAGAGGAUGAGGAGAUGGAGGUAGAGGAUGGUGAUGGUGGGGAAGGCGGAGAGGGUUCUGCUGAUUUCAAAGAGAAGGUAUUGGCAGUGUUGAGGCAGGGAGAUUUCGAGGAGAAGAGGUCUUCAAAGCUCACACAAGUGGAUUUCUUGUAUCUGCUAUCUUUGUUUAACAAGGCCGGUAUACACUUCUCUUCAUGUUCUAGCUAAUGGAGUUCUCAAAUAUCUUAUUCUUCUCAGAAGAAUUACAAUUUUGUUUUUGUUGUUUGGCUUUCAACAUUGGAAUCGGUUGUCAGUGAUCCAAAAAUUUAGUGUGUAGAACUGUUUUGAAUCCAUUUAAGGUGAGCAGAAGGUUCUUAUUAUUUCA